AUGCCUCCAGUGUUUGGCUCUGUCAAGACCCGGUCACGGGGCUCCGAGGGGGUGAACGUUGACCAGAAGGCGGUUCCAGCAGAACUAACGCUUAAUGGUACUACUCCUUCCGGUAAGCCUCGGUUAUAUGUCUGCAACAUUUGCACAAGGGCCUUUGCGAGACAGGAGCAUUUGAAAAGACACGAGAGAUCACACACCAAAGAGAAACCAUUUGCAUGCACCAUAUGUUCUCGGAAAUUUAGCAGAAGAGACCUUUUAUUACGACACUCGACAAAAUUACAUGCUGGUGCGGCCGAAGUUGUUCCUCGUCUAAGAAGACGGUCUACCAAGGCAUCGUCCCCCAAGGAAAGCUCUGAUCACAGCGAGGGCGAUAGUCCUGUCGACGUGCCGUCAACAAGAGUUGGGACACGUAGGUCAAAGCGGAGGUCCGUUGCGGGAUUCGAGAGUGGCAGCUCUGUCAAUAAGCCUACAUCAUCUGCCUUGCGUAAACAUUCCAGCGGACCUUCACCUGCGCUAGAGACAAAACUUCGAGCCGAUUCCGAGGUGCGCGACGAGUUCACAGUUCCAACUUUGAAAACAUUCGAUUAUAAACUCGAGUUCCCCGUCAAUAGAAGAGCAUCGUUUUCUGCUCUCAGUGGCUCGAACUAUGCCAUGCCUACUCCAGAGCCAUACGCUGCAGAAGCGGUCGAAUUCUCCACACCUCAGUUGCUUCCAUUUGAUGACGACGCCGAGCAGUGGCUAAACUCAUUGCCAAAUCUUGACUUGAUGGAUCACCAGAAUGGAAUAGCUCCUUUUCAACAAUCCACUGAAACAGUCCCUUCUACAACAGAUGUGAGAAUGAGUUCUCAUGCCUCUGGCGAAGAUCUGGCUGGGUAUUCUUUUUAUGACUUACCUUACAAACAAGUUGGCUCUCUAUUUGCUCACAACAAUUACCAAAACAGAGACCCUAAUCAACCAGGAAUCGAAGAGCAAUUGAUGUCAGGGGUAUCAGCAUCUAACAAACAGGCCGUCCAUCCGUUCAAAGCACAUGUCUCACCACUGAUGCAGGAAAGCCCAGACACAGAUUCCAGUCUGGUUACACAACCAGCAAAUGAGAAGGUAGAUCAAUGGCAGGAAACCCUGUUCAACCAAAACAUCAACGACUUAGAAGCAAUCGCAGAUCUUAAUGUUUCUAAAACUUUCGACGUGCCGCAAGGAUACUCGUUCUAUGGAAAUAGCGACCAGAACACCAUCAGCCAUUCCUCUGUCUCAUCAAACGCAACCAUUUCGCCUGUCCUCCUGGACAACACGCUAUUCGCCAACUCUAGACAAGCGAGUCCUAAACAAGGCUUGAACUCCGAUUACUAUGAAAAAGUCUCUAGAUCAUCUUCGAACCAAAGUACGGAUCACAAAUCCGAGUUUGUUUUCUCCAAAAGCAAAUUUGAAAAGUGCUCCAGGGUGAACUUGUUCACCUCAAAUAUCAGAAACUACAUCCAUCACUCGCUGUCCAAGUACCCGUUUUUUGGAGUCCCAUCACCAACACUUCCGGAAAACGAGAAGCUCAACUUUUUUGCCAGUGAGUUCAAGAAUAAGUUUUUGAACCAUCACCCAUUCAUUCAUCAUUCGAUGCUCAAUGAGUAUUCUCUCAUGAAGUCCACAUUGAGCUCUCUCGAGGAAGACAUUGUUUGGGAUGAGAACAGUUCCGAUAAUACAAGAGUUUCAUUGGUUUGUCUUCCUUUGUUGAUUGCAACCAUCGGAGCCAUUGUUUCCAAUAAGAAGAGUGACGCAGCCAACUUAUACGAAGCAUCAAGACGUUGCAUUCACGUUUAUUUGGAAACAAGAAAGAAGCUCAUAAGACAAGAUGGUGACAACCGCAAGCAAGUCAAUAACUCGUCUCCGUUAUGGCUCAUUCAAUCUUUGACUCUAUCUGUCAUCUAUGGACUAUUCGCCGAUGACGAAAUCAGUUUGAAUGUCAUCAUCAGACAGGUCAGCGCUCUUUGCUCACUUGUGAAGUCAUCCGGACUCAAUUGCAUAAAAGCCGACCUACCAAACGAUGUUGAAAUCAAUGAGGCAUAUCUCGAAAGAUACAUACAACAUGAGUCGACCGUUAGAACUGUUCAUACAAUUUUCCAUAUCUCUUCUUUGCUAUCAACGCUUUACAACAUCGCUCCCUCUAUGAAAAUUGACGACCUGAAGAUCGAUUUGCCGGCCUCUACCUUUUUAUGGGAAUGCACUAAUCCCUCAGAGUUCAGAAACCUUAUUGAAAGCUUUGAUUAUAACCCAAAGGAUUUCCAUCUGGUCUUGAAAGAAUUGGUUAUUCUACCAUUUCAGCAGCUGGAUCCUAGAACUGGAGCUUUUGGAAAAUCCAACUUCUUUUCUGAUAACCACGUGAGCGAGUACGGACUGGUGUGUUUACAGAAUGGGUUACAUCAGCUUGCUUACUUGAAGAAUUUGCUUGCUACCAUGCCUGAGGUUGGAAACGUUUCAAAUUUUAUGUCUCUGCUUGGCUCCGAUGAGCAAAACUUGGCCAAAGUGGGAGAGAAUUGGUCUACAAUGCUGAGAUCGUGUGGACUUUACCAUAGAGAAAGUGUCAUACUUAUGGACAGUCUUCUUCUCAAUAAUUACUUGAACUUCAAGCUCUCGCCUAUCCUGAAAAUGAACACACUGAAAGAGAAUGUUUGGUUAAGGGGAUUCAAUGACGUUAAUAACCUUUUUGAAACUUGUUUUGUCUUUAACAACGAGCAGUUGAAAGACCCGUUUUAUCAGAAAGAGCUAUCCAAGGUGCUUGAUAAUUGUACCGAUAUUCUCAAGACAGUGUUUUUCAGACAACAUGAGGAUUCCCAAAUUCAAUUGGGGCAACAUUUCCAGGAGAUUUAUGAUCCUGAACUUGGUUUGGCCGACCUGAAUUUCUUAUCCAAAUUGUCUAUUGACUCACAACUGUUGCUUGAUGUGUUCCUAAUCGUGGUCAAGUUCUUACUAAAUUUCGAGAGUGUUUUCAAAAUGAAGAUGAGAUACAGCAAUAUGGGUUCCUCAAGUUUGUUACAAAAGUUUGAGUAUCGAUCAUCCACCCAAAAUGCUUCCUCUGGUAGUUAUUUUGAAGUGGAUGAGAUAAUAUUUAAGCAUUAUCUCAAACUGUUCAAAAUAUACUUGAACUUGGAAUACAUUUUAAAAAUCAAUUACGAUUAUCACGAUUUAGACAGCGAUUUUUCCAGUCUCACUAUCUCAAAUAUCAUCAACAGAGACAGACUUCAUUAUAGCCAACAGGAGAAGAACCUGAACUCUAUUCUGAAGGACGAUCUGGAGGUGCUGCGGGAGAAAGAUUUGAUAGUUGGAGAGCUGAUUGAUUUCAAGCUACCAUUUAGAUUUUUGAAGAUUGGAUCAUUUAUUUUCAACUUUGUUUACGACAAAACAUUCAAAUUUGUCAGCUUUAAGAGUCUUGGAGAUGUUUUGUUUCAUCUCCGGGUUUUCCUCGAAAGUCGAGACGAUUUUGUUUGA